AUGUCGCGCGCCCUGGACGACUUCCGCGCCGAGCUCGCGAGGCUGUGCCUCAGCAAGGGCCUGGAGCGGGACUUCAAGGCCUCCAUCCAGAGGACGCUGCACAACCUUCGGCUCUCCUCCGAGCAGCUGCGCCAGGCCGGCGGGAAUCGUCAGAAGCUCACCGUGGAGUUUCAGACGGAGUGGCAGAAGAGGGAGGCUGACUUGGCAAUCCUGGACGCCAAGUUCGUGGCGGCCGCGAAGAAGCGCUUGGAGCUGAAUGGGAUCCUCUACGAUCCCCUGACCCUGCUCAGGUGCAAGGCGUUCUAUGGUGAGCUGCUGGAGAUGCUAAGUGGGAAGCCCCUGGUGCUCACCAUGGCCUCAGCCGACUUGGACCACUUCAAGGUGGUGAACGACUGCUGGUCCCACGCGCACGGGGACUUUGCCAUCAUCCAGGUCGCCGAGGUCAUUGCGGAGCAGUGCGAGGCAUGGAACAGCCAGCAGCGCGAGGCCCUCUGCGUUCCCUUCCGCUUCGGGGGCGACGAGUUCGUCUUCGCCUUCGUGGCCCAGGAGGGCGCCAGCGCGGACCUCCGCGGCUUCCUGGACACCCUGCGGAGCCUCGUGGUGGCGCGGCUGCGCGAGGUCUUCGACUUCCGGAAGCUGCCCCGGGAGCAGUGCCGCCGCGACGGGGAGGAGAUCAAGGCGCGGGGGCCGGCCAUCAGCAUCGCGGCCUCGGAUUCUGGGAGCUGCGAGGUGGCCAUCUGGGAGCUCCACCAGCUCUACCUGCAGGCGGAGAAGUUCCUCGAGGCCGCCAAGCUGGAGUUCAGGAAGGGGGAGGACCCCAAGGGCGGCGUGCAGGUGCAGGCCGACCGGGCUGCGCACCUGCGGCUUCCGGAGCUCAGGAAGCUGACAGAUGACGACCGACAUGGAGCCAUGCUGGUGGAGCUCCUGAGCCACGGCACCCCAGUUGGGCAGGAGAACGCCGCGGUGGCGCUCGUGGCGCGGUCUGGGGCCAUCCCCCCGCUGGUGGAGCUCCUCAGUCAUGGGACGCCUGUGGCGCAGGAGAGGGCCGCGCUGGCACUGUCCAAUCUGGCCGCAAAUAAUGCAAACCAGGUGCCCAUCGCCGUGGCGGGAGCCAUCCCUCCGCUGGUCGAGCUCCUGAGAGGGGGGACGCCCACUGGACAGGAGAAUGCUGCUUUGGCGCUUUCGAACCUGGCCGUCAACGACACCAACAAGCUGUCCAUCGCAGGGGCUGGGGGCAUCCCUCCCCUCGUCGAGCUCCUGACGCGCGGGACGUUGGUGGGGCAGGAGGAAGCCGCCGCGGUGCUGCUGAGUCUGGCAGCCAACGUGGGCAACCAGUUGCCCAUCGCCAGUGCUGGGGGCAUCCCUCCCCUGGUUGAGCUCCUGACCCGCGGCACGCCCGUGGCGCAGGAGAACGCCGCUGGCGCGCUCUGGAACCUGGCAGCCAACGACGAGAACGAGGCCGAAAUCGCCCGAGCUGGCGCUGUCCGCCCUCUCGUGGAGCUGCUGACCCACGGAACCUCCGUGGCGCAGGAGAGGGCUGCAGGGGCCCUCUGGAACCUCACCUUCCGCCCCGAGAACCUGGCCGAGGCCAAGACGGCGGGGGCUUUGGCCGCGGCCGCGGAGCUCUCGGUUUCCGGCAGCCCCACCGCCCAGGAGGAGGCGAAGAAGCUGGUGUCACAGCUGCAGCCCGGGCGCAGAGGCGCGGACUCUACGAGCUUUGCAUAG